AUGGAAUUUCAUGCCCUUGACAAACUAUGGACCAUAUGGUAUCAUUCGAAGCUGCCCACGUCCAAAUUUCCAAAAGGGGAAACGGUCGUUGAUGACGAGCUCACCAGGAAACGCGAUCUCUAUCUCUCAACAGCCCACGAAGUACAGUUUCCCCAGAUCCACACCAACGGCGUGGAAAAGUCAAGCGAAUGCGACUCAGUUGAGCAAAUGUGGCAAGUUCUAUCUAACUUGAAACCCCCUAGUGAGCUCGGAUUCAACUCGGAGAUAAUGGUCUUUCAAAAAGGCGUCCAGCCCAUAUGGGAAGAUCCAGCCAAUGCCCAUGGAGGAAAGCUGGUGAUCAAGUUUUUGCGCAAACAAAGUGAGAUGGACGUCGAGGCGGUGAAAUUCCAGCGGCAGCGGUGCUCGUUGGUCUGGGAGCGACUAGUUCUGAGAUGUCUGGGCAACUCGCUGUUCAGGCAUCCAAUAGUGAAUUUUGAGGAAGUCAGUGAGGAAAUAGUCGGGAUCGUUCUGAGUGUGCGGCACGAUGAAGAUAUCAUAAGCAUAUGGAACCGAAAUUUGGUGGAAGAUCAGGUGGUGGAGAUAGACGAAACCGAAGAUUUCGGGCCUCCCAGACUCAGAAGCGGACCCUUUGCCAGUGUCUUCAAGCAUUUGGUGCUUUGGGAGAUAGCCCAGUGUACAGGUACAUUAUUGGAGCAAACUCAGAUCAAGUUGCAGUCAAAAUGGGUCCUGGUAAGAUACAGACUUCAUUCUGAUUGGGAUGAUCCUCACCAUUCGCACCAACGGCACUAUCACAAUAAUCAUCACCAGAAUGGAUUCCACAAACGCGGUCGUGGUGGACGGACUGUGAACCGUACUCACCACGAAGAAUCCACAGAUACGGUAUCUUUCGCGAACCUUGGACGGAGCCGGCGCGGGAUUGACGAACUCAAGGGUGGUGAGCCGAGCGGGUUGUUGGCAUCGAGGAGGAGGAAAGAGAGAUCAGGUGAGGACAAUGUAGACUAG